CAAUUGAUCAUGCAAUCCGGAAAGCCAUUGGUUACGAAGCUCCCAAUCUCAGCUACCGUAUACGAGCAAAAGGCUGAGCUUCAGAGCCUUCUCAAUAUUGAGCCGGAAACAUUGGAGAUUUCUGCAUCUGAUGUAACGUGUGCCGAUUCAGAUCUUUUAAUAGAAGUUGCUGGUCUAGGCAAAAACAAACAAAUUAAGCCGGUUGUGUCUUGCUAUGAAGGCAACAAUUUUGUGGGCUUGAUACUAUUUUCCCUUGGGGGCGAGGAUUUCGCCGAUCCAUUAGUCGAUAAUUCGGUGUCAGACUCAAGUAUCGAAGAUAGUGAAUCUUCCGUCAUUGAGCUAUCCUCGGGAUCUAGUGGCGGAUCCGUCCAGCCAUCCACUAUUUAUUGCAAGCGAGGUAUUAAACGAAAAGCCCAAGGACAUGAAAUAAACAUAGAGACUAACCGGAUCAAAUAUGUUCUCGAAUCCAGUGAGGAGAGUCUAGAAAACCACUCGUAUGGAGAUAUGCAGGAGGCAUGCGAUAUGGGAGGCUGCGGAAUAAAGUCCCGACCCGGUUAAACAUGAAAUCGAAAUGGAACCUGAUGUUAUAAAUGGUCAGC